ACAGGCACUCUCUCGGUUCAUCUGCGCUUCCCAAGGUCUUUACAGCAGACUUCGCUCCAGGCUCAGUGGCAAAGAAGCCAUGGCGAAGUCCAGAGGCCGUCUGUACCUUUGGAUGUGUUUGGCUGCCGCGCUGGCGUCUUUCCUCGUAGGAUUUAUGAUGGGCUGGUUUAUUAAGCCUGUCAAAGAAAUCGACACGACACUGCGCUAUCAUCCAAGUAUACGGCGGAACCUGGUAUCUGAGAUGAAAGCUGAAAAUAUUAAAUCAUUUCUUCGUUCUUUCACAAAGCUUCCUCAUCUGGCUGGAACAGAACAAAAUUUACUGCUUGCCAAGAAAAUCCAAACCCAGUGGAAGAAAUUUGGACUGGACUCAGCCCAGCUGGUUCAUUAUGAUGUUCUCUUAUCUUACCCUAAUGAGACAAAUGCCAACUACAUAUCAAUCAUGGAUGAACAUGGAAUUGAGAUUUUUAAGACAUCGUAUGCUGAGCCACCACCAGAUGGAUAUAAGAAUAUUACAAACAUUGUACCACCAUAUAAUGCUUUCUCAGCCCAAGGCAUGCCAGAGGGAGAUCUUGUAUAUGUAAACUAUGCUCGUACUGAAGAUUUUUUCAAACUAGAAAGAGAAAUGGGCAUCAACUGCACUGGAAAGAUUGUUAUUGCCAGAUAUGGGAAAAUCUUCAGAGGAAAUAAAGUUAAAAAUGCCAUGUCAGUGGGAGCCAUAGGAAUCAUUCUGUACUCAGAUCCAGCUGACUACUCUGCCCCUGGGGUGCAGCCAUAUCCCAAAGGAUGGAACCUUCCAGGACAUGCAGCCCAGAGAGGGAACGUGUUAAAUUUGAAUGGUGCUGGCGACCCCCUCACUCCAGGCUAUCCAGCUAAAGAAUACACCUUUCGACCUGAUGUUAAAGAAGGAGUGGGAAUGCCCCAGAUCCCUGUGCACCCCAUCGGCUAUAAUGAUGCAGAAGUAUUAUUACGCCAUCUGGGAGGCACAGCUUCACCAGAUGACAGCUGGAAGGGAAGUCUUGCUGUGGAUUACAACAUUGGGCCUGGCUUCACAGGGCAAGGCUCCUUCAGGAAAGUUAAAAUGCAUGUUUAUAACACCAAUAAAAUUACAAGGAUUUAUAAUGUAAUUGGAACUAUCCGAGGAUCUGUGGAACCUGACCGGUAUGUUAUCCUGGGGGGCCAUCGGGACUCCUGGGUGUUUGGAGGCAUUGACCCAACCACUGGGACCGCUGUUUUACAAGAAAUUGCUCAGAGUUUUGGGAAACUGAUGAGCCAAGGCUGGAGACCUAGAAGAACUAUCAUUUUUGCUAGCUGGGAUGCAGAAGAAUUUGGACUUCUGGGUUCCACAGAAUGGGCUGAGGAGAAUGCAAAAACGCUUCAGGAGAGAAGCGUUGCUUACAUCAACUCAGAUUCAUCAAUAGAAGGCAAUUAUACUCUCAGAGUUGACUGUACACCCCUUCUUUACCAAUUGGUGUAUAAACUGACAAAAGAGAUCUCCAGCCCAGAUGAUGGUUUUGAGAGUAAAUCUCUUUAUGAAAGCUGGUUGGCAAAGGACCCUUCAUCUGAAAAUAAAAGCUUCCCUAGAAUCAACAAGCUGGGAUCUGGAAGUGAUUUUGAAGCUUAUUUUCAGAGACUUGGAAUUGCUUCAGGCAGAGCCCGUUACACUAAGAAUAGGAAAACAGAUAAAUACAGCAGCUACCCAUUAUACCAUACAAUUUAUGAGACGUUUGAAUUGGUAGAAAAUUUUUAUGACCCCACAUUUAAAAAACAGCUUUCUGUGGCUCAGUUACGAGGGGCACUGGUUUAUGAGCUUGCAGACUCUCAAAUCAUUCCUUUCAAUAUUCAAGACUAUGCAAAAGCUUUGGAAAACUAUGCAACAAGUAUCUACAACUUAUCCAAGAAACAUGACCAACCACUGAAAGAUCAUGGAGUAUCAUUUGAUUCUUUAUUUUCUGCUGUGAAAAACUUUUCAGAGGCUGCUUCUGAUUUCCAUAGAAGACUUGUAGAAGUUGAUGUUAAUAAUCCCAUUGCAGUGAGAAUCAUGAAUGACCAACUGAUGCUCCUGGAAAGAGCAUUCAUUGAUCCCCUUGGCCUACCAGGAAGGAAGUUCUACAGACACAUCAUUUUUGCUCCAAGUAGGCACAACAAAUAUGCUGGAGAAUCAUUUCCCGGGAUCUAUGAUGCUAUGUUCGACAUUGAAAAUAAAGCAGACCCACAUUCGGCCUGGAGAGAAGUAAAGAAACACAUUUCCAUUGCAGCCUUUACAAUUCAGGCAGCAGCAGGGACACUGACGGAUGUGGUGUAGUGAGGUCUCAGCCAGUGGCACUAUUCAUGAAAAGUCUGGAAGUCGGGGGAUAAAAAUCCAUCUUCAUGUUUUGACUUUAGAGUUCCACCUUAUUAAUUGGAAAAGUUUUUUUGGCUCUUUAAAAAAAAUGUGUAACUUUAUUCCCAAAGUGUUAAUCUAAUAAAAUAAAACAAAAAACUCCAGUUGUAUGUAAGGUU